UCCGUUUUUCUGCAACAAAAAUACAUUUUGUAUAUUUGUACCCAGCAGCGUAGGACUAUAAACCCAGCUCUCUCUCUCUCUCUCUCUCUCCCCUUCUUCUUCUUCCUCUCUCUCUCUCUCUCUCUCUCUAAAUCCAAUACGGUUGUUCUUCUUCUUGGAAAACAUAAAUUUUGUACCAUAAAUUUAUAGACAUAGAAACUUGAAAAAUAAAAAGCCUGUUCAUUUUUUCCGGAAUUUAAAUCAAACCCCUUUUUUAUUUAUUUACUAUUCGUUUGGAUACAAUAAGAAGGAAGAGGUUUCAGCUCCGCAACCAUUCAGGGAGGAGGAGCUGAAACCAAAAACCAAAGUUAGGGUUUUUACAAAAUUCUUGCUGUUGGAGAGAGAGGCAGAGUCACAGCCUUGUCACUCUAGCAGGAAAAUCCCAACACACAGACACAAAAUUUAUAGUGUUAAAACAAAAAGAUGAGAUUUUUAAGAAAAAUAGAGCAAGAAGACGACGCGGUUGCGGAGAGCAAAGCCAAAGGAAGAGGAGGCGGUGGUGGUGGUGGAGCAGGGAGCAGCAUUAGCAUAGCAGAGAGGAGGGCAGCCAAGUGUGGAUUCAAUGCGGAGAGGAUCAAUACGGCGCGUUUUAGGACAACCAGUCCUCUGCAUUCUCCACCGGCGAGGUCCCCGUGCCUUACUAUUCCGGCUGGUAUCAGCCCCACGGCUCUGCUCGACUCCCCCAUGAUGCUCCCCAAUUCUCAGGCGCUUCCAUCUCCCACCACCGGAACUUUUCCAUUGCAUCCUCCCAAUGAUAACAGCUUGCUGCUGAAAUCAGGAACUCAUGAAGAUGAUGGUUACAGGCCGGCCUAUUCUAGUUUCCAAAAUCCGGGGUCUACUGUUGACUACCAAGCUCUUGUUUUGGAGCAACCACCAAUGGAGUUUCAAUUCCCGAUGGGGUUUCCAGAAGAAGCUAAUGCAACGAACUAUUCUGUGGAUCCGUCCUCUGAUGUUAGAAACUUAAACAGUGUGAUUAUGAUUGCCAACGGCGCAGAUUUGCAAAUGUCUCAUUCCAGUGCAGCUAGUGAUCAAAACUCUCUUCCCAAAGAAUCGAUUCAUGGGGAGGAUCUUGGGUCCCAUCACUUUUCGGAAGGAGAGCAAAAAGGGUCAUACCCAUCUGCAGGAAUGGUAAGGACUUCAGAAGAUGGAUACAAUUGGAGGAAGUAUGGGCAGAAACAGGUAAAAGGUAGUGAAUAUCCAAGGAGUUAUUAUAAAUGCACGCACCCAAAUUGUCAGGUCAAGAAAAAGGUGGAACGAUCCUAUGAUGGGCAAAUAACAGAGAUCAUCUACAAGGGAGCUCCUCAUAAUCAUGCAAAACCGCAGCCUAACCGUCGAACUGGGGCAUCGCUUGGACCAUCAUUUUCAUGUGAUGAGAUGUCAGAGAUGGGUGAAGGUAGUAGGGCCGCUGUCAAAGGUGAAGGUGGGCCAGUUUGGACAAAUAGUCAGUCUUGUAAGGAUAUGAAAGUUGGCUAUGACGGGAGGACUGAUGGUCUGGAAAGGACAUCCUCAGCAUCUGUUGUUACCGAGCUUUCUGAUCCAUUUUCAACUACUCAAGGGAAGUCCAUGAGUAUCUUUGAAUCAGCUGAAACUCCAGAGCUUUCAUCCACACUUGCUAGUCAUGAUGAUGAAGAUCGGGCCACCCAAGGAAUCAUAUCACUUGGAGAUGAUGCAGAUGAUGAAGAAUCUGAUUCAAAAAGAAGGAAGAAGGAGAGCUGCAUGAUUGAAACAAAUUUAGCAUCCAGGGCUGUCCGUGAACCAAGAGUAGUUGUCCAAAUUGAGAGCGAAAUCGACAUACUUGAUGAUGGCUAUCGCUGGCGGAAGUAUGGGCAAAAAGUGGUCAAAGGAAAUCCAAACCCUAGGAGCUAUUACAAAUGCACAAGUGCAGGAUGUCCAGUUAGGAAGCAUGUGGAAAGGGCCUCCCAUGAUCUGAAAUUCGUAAUUACAACGUACGAGGGAAAACACAACCACGAAGUGCCUGCAGCGAGAAACAGCAAUCACAUGAAUUCAAGUAGCAGUAAUGGACUUCCAUCUACUGCCAAUGCUCAGCCAGCUUUGGCAUUACCCAGAAAUACCAAUGUUCCGAGGCCUGAGACACAAAUGCAAGAUCUUGCACCUCAUUUUGAUAGAAAAACGGAAUUUCAUGACGCAUACAUGAGACCUAAUUUUCUUGGGAAUUUCAAUAAUGACAUGAAAUUUGGAGCUUCCUCCCUUUACCAAAUGAAAUAUCCUCCUCUGCAAAAUACCAUGCCGUAUGCCUCGUUCAGACACAAUGUUGCCCAUCAGGCUGGUUCUAUUGUGCCAGACUUCCCAAUUUCACUGCCUAUGAACCUUCAGCCAUCCGGGAACCUCCCUCUUGCCGGCUAUGAUAUCAACAAUGGAAAAUCAGUUUGCCCCCUACAGCCUUAUUUUUCAGGACAGCAGCUGCAGGAGAAUGAUGUAAGAUUCCUAAAGCCUAAACAAGAGCACAAGGAUGAUAACCUCUAUGAUGCCCGCUUACCAAUAAUGGAUCAGUCAAGUGCAUCAUUGUCGUCGUCGUCAUCGCUAUUCUAUCACAGGGUCAUGGGAGGUUAUCCAUCAUAGUUUGUUUUUGUUCUUUUGCUUCUAAAGCAGUCAUCAGCUGAGGCAGAUUUUGGUUUCCCGCUCGCCUCGAACUAGUGAUAAAGGUUCUAUUUUCUUGCAGAUUUUCAUUGUGACAGUUUAUUCUUGUUUUCCAUAGAACAUGGUAUAAAAUUCCCAUACAAAAAAUUCAUACAAAAAGGUUUACUGGUUUCUUCAUCAACUUUAUCAACAUGAAUAUUAAUACAUCUUUAGUAUUACUCUCU